AUGUCAGCGGCACCAAGACUCGCUCGGAUUUCUCCGAGCCCAGACUCGCUCAUCUCUAGUUUUCUCGCUUUUCUUGCGUUUGCCACCAUCUGGCUCGCAUUAUCCUGGCGGUCUCCUGCCCUGGUCAUUGCCAGUGAGGACGCUGGAGGAUGCACUGCGGAGCACGAUUUCACUCUGAUCUUUGAUGGCGAAGACGUACAGAAGUCAUUCAACUGCCCGGAGGGUUGGAAGUUGACGCCUGCGGCGACGACAUCCGCGUUCCACGGAGGCCACUCCGUCGUGGAUUUAGAAGGGCUUGUCCCCGGAGCCAAGCUAGAGCCAUCAGAAUUUGGAUAUACGCUAACUUUGCCUGGGGACUCCCCGCGGGAGACGAGAACAUGGUACUACACUUGCACCGCUCCAGCUGACGGCGACAGCUCUGCCACUGAUAAAGGUCCUCCUGAAUCCAGUGAACUCGAAAGUAAUACGCAUUCUCCUGAGGAAGAAAAGGAGCAGACAGAGGACACUUCCAGCAGCACGACUCCGAACCAGGGGACCCAUGGUACCGGUGGUGGCGGCUCAGUUUCGCCUGGCGGCAAACCAUCCCCGGGCACCCCUGAGGUUCCAGGCAAUGGCGACACCACAGGCUCACACAACGAGCAGAAUGACAACCUUCCAGGGUCUGAUCAUGUUCGGGAGGACGGAGUUCUGAAUGGGGUUGGCGCGGGGCAUCACAGUACGGGUCAAGAACCCCCUCUCGAAGACUCGAAGCCUGACCUCGCUCCUGGACCCGCUGCUGCCCAACAAAGCAGCGACGGAAAACUAAACGCUCAGGAGAGCAGGAAAGAAAGUGCAGGUAGCGUCGCCGCGGCUGCCAGCUUUUCGCUCAGGAGCGCAGUUCCCCUCUCUGUCCAGGGGUCUGCUACCCCGCCCCUGGGGGCGAAACGAACGACGUGCGUGGUGACAGUUCAUGUAUUUCCUUCCCCCAUGAUUGAGUGUCAAGCGGGAGAAACCAAGACUGCCACUGUCUCAACACUCAACGCACCCGUUAACUUCAAGUGCGGCGACGGGCUGACGCUGCAGCCGAAAGGAACGGAUAGAGUGUAUGACAACGCGGACGGGCGGUGUGAGUCAGAAGCUCCGCUGACGGCCCUUAUCCACGGGUCUCUGUCCUCGUCGACUGUCGCCAGUGAGAAAGCGGGCGAACUCACCCACUACGUUUUAAAAAUCGAUGAGCUACCCAGCAAGCAACAGGAGUUGUGCUACAAAUGCACGGCGUCUCCGAAGGUGAUGAAAGAGGCUGAACACGACCCCGAGGUUUCCAAGGAAUGCGUCGUCAAGAUCGCUGUCGCGUCGGAGACCGCGCCGGUGUCACAGCCGCCCAGCUUCUUGCUACUGUCGGCCGUCGUGGGAUUGCUUGCGAGGUUGCGUUAA